GAGCUCCCCGCCCCCCGACUACGCCAGAUCCCCCGCAAGGAGCUGGAACCGCCGCCAUGCUUCUGCUCGACUACCAGAACGUCCUCAUCGAGUCCCUACUCAGGGACCGCGUCAAUGGAGGAGCUCCAGCCAACAUUGACCAGGUCGUCUCCGACUUUGAUGGCGUCACCUUCCACAUCUCGACUCCCGAGAGCAAGACCAAGAUUAUCGUGUCGCUGCGCAUCAAAUGCUUCAACGAACUCGUCCAAUAUGGUGCACAAGCCGUCCUGCAGCGCGAGUACGGGCCGUACAUUGUCGAGCCCGAGUCGGGAUACGACUUCUCCGUCCAGGUAGACCUGGAGAGCCUGCCAGAAGACCAAGAGGCCAAGGAUGAUCUCGUCCACCGCGUGGCCCUCCUCAAGCGAAACGCCAUGGCCGCACCCUUCGAGCAGGCCUUUGACGAGUUCCACCAUCUCCAAGAGGAGGCUUCCAAGUACACAUCCGAGGCGGCGCCGCAGGGUGUGGCAGAGGGUGGUGACGUACGUGCCAUUCACUACCGAGAGGAGGAAGCCAUAUACGUCAAGGCCAGCCACGACCGUGUCACGGUCAUCUUCUCGACGGUGUUCCGCGAAGAGACAGACAGGAUAUUUGGAAAGGUGUUCCUCCAGGAGUUUGUCGACGCCAGGCGGAGAGCGAUCCAAAACGCACCGCAAGUGCUGUUCAGGAACGAAGCCCCUCUGGAGUUGCAAGGCAUCCCGGGAGUCGACACAUCUGGCUCUGCUGAUAUUGGCUACAUUACCUUUGUGCUUUUCCCUCGCCAUCUCACCAAGCAACGACGGGCCGAGGUCAUCUCACACAUCCAAACGUUCCGUGACUACUUCCACUACCAUAUCAAGGCUUCCAAGGCCUUUAUUCACUCAAGAAUGCGCAAGCGGACCGCCGACUUCCUCCAAGUUCUCCGCAGAGCUCGACCCGAGGCAGAGGAGAAGGAGCGCAAGACAGCCAGUGGUCGUACGUUCAAGGUUCAGGCAUAAAUCAGAUGAGAAAGCAAGCUCUAGAUGUAGCACGACAUUU